GUCCAAUGCCGCCUUCAAGCGUCUUCUCUUGUUUCUCCCUCUAAACAACUCACAAAAAACCAGUCAUGGCCUCAGCAGUAGCAGGACGAGCUUUUGCGCGCUCAUUGGGAGCUUCGAGCGUGGUGCGAAGCAGCAAACCACAAUAUUUCCGACUCCGAACACAACAGAUCGCGAAGCCCGCUGUGCGGAGCUUCACCGCAGGCGCGAAAGUAUGGGAGAAACGCUACACUGAGGACCACGAGUGGGUGGAACUCUCCGAGGACGGCACAACAGGCACAAUUGGUAUUUCCCACUACGCCGCCAACGCCCUCGGCGAUGUCGUCUUCGUCGAGCUUCCCACCGCCGACCUCGAAGUGUCCGAAGGUGACACCAUCGGCGCUGUCGAAUCCGUAAAAUCGGCUUCCGACAUCAUGACUCCUGUGAGCGGAACAAUUGUCGAAGCGAACAGUGCGCUGGAAGAUAAGCCUGCGACGAUCAACAAGUCUCCCGAAGGAGAAGGGUGGCUUGCGAAGAUCAAGCUUUCGGAUCCCAAGGAGCUGGAGAAGCUGAAGACUGCGGAGGAGUACAAGAAGUUCACUGAGGAGGCAGAUCAGGAUCAUUGAGAUAGGGAGCUUCUAGUGGAUUGACAAAAGCAUGAGGCGCACCGCGGCCAGGAUAUGGAGUUCAACAAUGUUGGUACGAGCGAGGAUCUCAACAGACACAGCAGCUACGGCCACGCGGCCAGACAGGUGAGAAGUAGACGGAGACCGAAAUCAUCCCGUCGCGUCAGAAGAAGCAUCGACAUCUAUCACACCAUAUGAACUUCUUUUUCAAUUUCCAUACCCAAGUCGUUUGCUGCCUAGACCAGUUCUCUCGCAAAACCAGCGCCAUCUGCUCCUCGCGAGCGACCCGAGUGCAUAAAGUACAGUAGCCUCCCAUCCUC